AAAAUUAACAAUUUGGCACUUAAAGCGAAAAAGGGGCUCUCAGGCCUUACCAAGGAGAGAGCAAACUAAACAGCACAAAAAAAAAAAAAAAGCUCAAUGGAAACUAACAAUAACAGUUCAAAUUCGAAGGCUUCAGCUUCUUCGCUGAGAUGGGGAAUCCUUCGCCGAGCUGUUCUACAUCGGGCCAAAAAUACUGAUGAGUCUCAAUUGGGAAUGAAACGCAUUUCCAGAAAAGCCGCAAAAGGAUUCAACUUGAUACCGUGGCAGGUGCUCCACCAUGAUCACGACUCUCGAGAUGCCCGACUCUGCUACACCUUGCCCGUUCAGGGAUCUCCCAAGCUUGUUUUAACCCAGAGAGUGGAUGAUACUGCCGACCUCAGUGAUUUUGAGAUGUGUAACAGAUACAACAUUGACAAUACCGGGCUUGUCUGUCAGUGGCCAUCUGAAGAUGUCCUUGCCUAUUUUUGCUUAUCACAUGCAUACAUGUUCAGGUCUAAAAGAGUUAUUGAGCUUGGAUCAGGUUAUGGCUUAGCUGGAUUAGCCAUUGCAGCAGCCACAGAGGCAUUCGAAGUUGUGAUUUCAGAUGGAAAUCCUCAAGUGGUUGAUUAUAUUCAGCAUAAUAUUAACAUGAAUUCCGGAGCAUUUGGUGACACAAGAGUGAAGUCCAUGAACUUGCACUGGCAUCAGAAAGAAAUUUCAAAUCUCUCUCACACGUUUGAUGUCAUUGUUGCAAGUGAUUGCACCUUUUUCAAGGAAUUCCACAAAGAUCUUGCUCGAAUAACUCAGCUCUUGCUGAAAAAUGCGGGACCAUCUGAAGCUAUAUUUUUCAGCCCUAAAAGAGGUAAUUCAUUGGAUAAGUUUCUGGAGGAAAUUCGAGAUAAUGGCUUGCUUUUCAGCAUAGCAGAGAGCUAUGACACUGAAAUCUUGAGGCGUCAUCAAUGCUUCAUGAAUGGUGACGAUUCCUGGCCUGGCUACGAAAAAGAUCAUUGCUACCCGUUAUUAAUUAGAAUUACCCGAUGAACUGUUGGAGCUCAUAUUCAUCCCAUCAUCUCAAUGAAAUCCAUUAACUUUCAAAAAAAUAUAUAUUCAUUCAAUCAUCUGCACAUAUUUUAGGCGUCUAUGCGCCAGUACCUGGGAAACGCCGGUUGACCCAUGGUGUGGGCAGGCAUGAGUAGUAUACUGGUUAUCUUUGCAAGAUACCGAGAUUCACAUGUACACACACUGGCCAAACUGAAUUUCAAUUGCUAUUUGCCAAAUGAUUCUCUUGGGAACGGAAAGUGUACUGGUAUUCUCUUUUUGAUUUAUUCUAUUCAUAGUGGCUUCCUUUUUAAA